AUGAUACCGUCGCAACGCGGCAAAAACCUCCUCAUGCUGGACAACUACACGUUCUCCCAAAUGAAGCUCACGCACAACUUCUACUGCUCGAAAAAGGACUCCGGCUGCAAGGCGCGCGUGAAGCUCUUCAACGGAUCGAUCCUGAAGAAGUUCACCGAGCAUAACCACCCGCCGCCCAAGUACGUGGUGACCCCGAACGGCUUCUACGUAAAGAUACGAAAU